UCAACGUCGAUUAGAAGUAUGAAGACCUUCACAUGCUGGCUGGUAUUCGCUGUUAUCCUUGUCACUGGAAUAAUCUCAGUGAAAGCAGGAAACCCAUAUGAUGCUGAUAUUGAAGACAAUGACUUUGCAGAAUUUGAAGAAUUUGAUGAUGUUGAUGUGUUGGAGGAUGAGGACAGAGCAGAGUUUCCAGAUGAGGUAGAAGUUUCAAACCAGAAGGAAGGGGAUGGUGAGGGAGAGGAUGAAGAUGAUUCUACGAUAGAGACUGACGAUGACGACGAUGAGUUUGAUCACUUCACAGAUACAGAUGAGUUUAUCGGAUUUGAUAAAAGUCAAGGUGCCAGCUCAGGAAAGUCUAAAGACAAACUUCCUGAUUUGAAAAUGGCUAAGGUGCCAGGCCAUUUACGUACAAACUGGGACAGCUUCUACAUGGAGAUCCUUAUGCUAGCAGGUCUUGCUGUCUAUUUUCUUAACUUCAUCCAUGGUAAAAACAAGAACCACAAAUUAGCACAGGCAUGGCUUCAGUCGAACCGUGACCUACUGGAGAGUAACUUCCACAUUGUAGGUGAUGAUGGAUCCACUAAGGAGGCACAGGCUGGUACCUUGAUGAAGGAGUCAGAGAAUGUAUAUGCACUGUGGUGUAGUGGACGGAGUGCUCUGGAGGGGAUGUUGGUAGAGCUUCGGCUGUUGAAGAGACAAGAUCUCAUCAGCACAAUGGCCAACAUGUUCAAACCUGCCUCCGAUCAAAUACUGGUGACAAUUGAUCUUGACAAGAAUGUAAUGGACAAGUUUGUAUUUGCCAUUGCUACAAAGAGGAGUUGUGCUAAGUUACACAAAGAGAUGAUAGAUUUGAGUCAGUUUACAGAAAAGAAGAAUUUAGAUAGAUAUACUGAUUUGCCAAACUCUUACCAGCUACUGAGUGAGGUGGGAGAGGCUUCUAGUGCUCUUUUAGAUAAAAAGGUUUGCCAGGUGCUGACCAAGUUUGAGGGUCUUAUAGAGUUUAUGCAUUUCUCUGACCAGUUCUGUGGGGCUAAAUCACAAGAUGAAUCCCAAACCACAAAAAUGCCUGAAGUUAAACCUGUAAUGAUAUUUUGCUUUAAUGUACCAGGCAAGGGUAAGAGCAAGCCUUCUGAUAUGGAGCACAUGAAACCCUUGUUACAGCUAGUUUUCUACUGCCUGGAGAAAGUCAGUCGUCUGCAGCUCGGCAAGGAGGCCAGAAACAAGUCUGAAAAGAACAGGAAGAAAGCAGAAGAACAAUUCCUGAAAGCAGCUCAUUCUCAGCUCCAGGAAGCAGCUCAACUUCGUCGUGAAGAGAAACGACGCCAGGAGAAAGAACGCAUGAUGAAUGAGGAAGAUCCUGAUAAAACUAGAAAGUGGGAGGAAAGAGAAAGUCGACGAGAAAUGAAGAGGAAACAACCAAAAAUGAAAAUGAUGAAGAUCUGAUCUAUGGUGGGUUGUCAGGAUUUUGACGCAAGUCUUGUCCAGUUUGAUUGUCAGAUGUAUUGUGAAGUUUCUGAGAAACGGAGAAAGCUGUCCAAUUGAUAUUGAUAUAUCUGUAAUAAUGGUUUACCAACAACUGUUCUUGUGUGAUUGUUGCAGUCAGUUAUAAACUAAGAUUUGUGAAUGGUGAAUAAAAGUUGGUUGCUAUUGUUUGUAAGAGCCAAUAUUAAUUUACCUGUGGGGUUUUUUUAUUUAAAAGUGUAUCAUCCCAUACCUUUAGUUCAUAUUAUCUUCGUAAAAGCCACUUAAUGUAUUUAGCCAACUUUUAAGACUUAGCACUCUACACUUUUCUGAGAAUCAUGUUAUCUUUGCUAUUGCUCCUUACAUUUCUUGGUAGUGACUUAUCAUUCCAACUAAAUAUAAUUCCAGGUUGAAAACCAGAUGUUUCUUGUUACACAGAAAUAAACCACUUCAUUCAGAGAUCCCUUUUUUCUUUUCAAAUGGUAAAUGGGGACAUCAUUUCUCAUUGCAUUACAUAUUAUUUCUAGAUUUUUUCCACCCUUAUUUUUGUGCCUCCUGUGGAGCAUAUACUUGUUGCUGACCUGUUACAAUAUGAUAUGCAGCGCCUGGGAAGAAAUGUCCAACAAUAUAACUUCACGUUGAAAAGUAUCGUUUGCUUCUUAGUUCCAGAAAAAAAACAAAAAGUACAAAAAAAUGUUUUUGAUAUCUAUGAUACAGUACCUUUGUACUGUGUUAUUGUAGUCUUCCUAUUCAUUGACCUCUUUUUUACUGGUCAGUGAGCUUGUCUCUCUAAACCAACAAGUGUUUUUUGACUGACAUGAUAGAAUGUGUGCAAGUAAAAAGGAAAAAGUUGACAUGCUGCUGUUGAGAAAUAACCAAAAUCAUGAUUUGAAGCUUUAAAGUCUUAUGGUACUUUAUUAGACCGUUUGAUACUCAAUUCAUUUUAGGCAGUGCUAUAAAAAGUAUUACAUUGUUUAAGUACUGGGUUAGGAAGAUUUCAUUGGUUUUUUCUUUGUAAAGACAUAUCAUUGGGUGUGACCUAACAGCUUUUCAAUCCAAAGUUAUUAGUAUAUAAUACAAUUGUCUUAUGACAGGCAAUUUAAGGUAUAAAAUGAUAAAGUUAGCAGAAACUUAUAAUUAUUGUUCAGCUCAACUCUAUGCUAGCGGGCUACAAUUUUUACCUACCUUUACUGGUUCAAAUUAGUGUGACUUGAGAUAGCCAAGAUGUUUAAUUUCAUUUUGAUGUUGUGAAUGAGAGGAUGGUUUGAUGUUUUGUAAGUGACAGAUGUAUUGUGUAAAAUGUUUUGGAGAUUUGAUAAGUUGUUUCUAUAUAAAAACAAAUUAAAGUGUAUGUAUAUUGAUGUUAUAUAACUUCAUAAUAAGGAUUUUAAAUGAAAAAAUCUACAAACUGACUUUGUCAGUACCGUAGAUUUGGUACUGGAUACCUGUACACAAGAUCAACCAACAUGUUUCGAAAGAACCUUUAAGUAAAAGUCUUCAAGGUCAGUUAUCUUACCUCUUGAUUAAAACACUCUGAGGAAUCCAAAACAUGAAAUUAGAUUUAGUUAGCGAUAUCUUUACAAUGUAAAUAAUUUUAAUGUUUUCCUUGAUAUCAUUCACAAUUUCUGGUUAAUGAAACCUGGAAAAACUUCAAAUGUGCAAUCGACUUUGGCUGUAAAUAUUUAAACAUUUAGCUAGAGAUAUAUUGCAUAUCUACCUUAUUCUAUAUCUUGCUCAUCAGACUUGAUACACAUCAUUUGCUAUCCAGAUGUUUGUCUCUAGAUAAAUAAGAUAAUUACAAAGCAGAUUAAUUACCUUGAUAUUGGCCAUAACGCAAUGCAUAACUGUGUUGUUUGUUGUUGGUGGUACAGAUGUAUAUCUACCAAGCAUAGGUUCAGACUGGUGCAAACAUUGUAUGGUCUUUAGGUACAAUUUAACUUCAUUUUUUGUUCUGUAAAAUAAUCAGUCUAGCCAGUUUGUGAUAAUAAAAGGGUUUGACUUCUUAUCUUUCAAUUUUUGCCUCUUAUGGCAUUGGCAUUGUCUAUUGAAGUAAUAAAACAUGUCAACACCAAGAA